AUGCACCUGACCACUGCAACGCGUCCGGACAUUGCGUUUGCUGUGGGCUAUGUGUCGCGGUUCAUGGAAAAUCCCCAAGAAGAACACUGGGUUGCAGUUAAGCGUAUCUUUCGCUACCUACAAGGCACCAAGACGCAUGGAAUUUGCUACAAGCCAAGUGCAAGGAUCGACUUCCGUGGAUAUUCGGAUGCGGAUUGGGCUGGUGAUCUUACCGACCGCAAGUCAACAUCGGGGUACACGUUCAUGCUACUCGGUGCGCCAGUCAGUUGGGGCAGCAAGAAGCAGCCAAGUGUUUCGUUGUCCACGAGUGAAGCCGAAUACAUCGCACUCAGCUUGGCGAUUCAAGAGGGCAAGUGGAUUCAUCGUCUGCUUUGUGAGAUCGUGAUGGCUGCCAAUGAAGAAGGACCGGAACUCAUGAUCUAUGAAGACAAUCAAUCGUGCAUCAAGAUGACGAAGAAUCCUGUCAACCAUGGCCGUGCCAAGCACAUCGACAUCAAGUACCAUCACAUCCGUGAUGAGGUCAAGCGCGGCCAAGUCAAGCUCAAGUACUGUGAGACUGCGGUGAUGUUAGCAGACAUCAUGACCAAGGCACUUCACGGACCGCGCCACAAGGAGAUGACGGCGACUCUCGGGAUUCGUGAGCAUUCGGAUUGA